CCGUUUCCCUCCGCGGCCUGUUCUGUCGGUCACCUCCUGCUGCGCAGUUCUCGCUGAACGAGACGCGUCCUCUCCCCGGUGCGCAGGCGGGAGAGGCCUGAACGGAACGCGUAAACAUCGGGCGUGGGACGCAUGAUUUUAAAGGAAAAGGUGCUACAAAUGGAAGCGGAUGGUUUUGUGCGCAGGCGGCGGAUGACAGCGGACACAUCGGGCGGCGAUGCCGCGGUGGCCGGAGCUUCCGCGGGCGCGGAGAUACACUGGCUCGGCGGCAGGUUCUGGGGUGUUUCGGAUAGUCUCGUUGGCACUUUGACACCUCGGUUAGCAGCAGAACCGGAGCUUCAUGUUGGACAUUUCUAUGGCUCCCAAGAGGCCACUGAUCUCUCGGAACCGGACUAUGAGGGUUUGCCCCAGGGCGCCUCCACCAGCACGCACAUGUUUGCUGGAGCAGUGGCUGGAAUCAUGGAGCAUUGCCUGAUGUUCCCUAUUGAUUGUGUGAAGACACGCAUGCAGAGCCUUCAGCCAGAGCCAGCUGCCCGCUACCGUAACGUGAUGGACGCUUUGCGGCAAAUCGUGAGGACAGAGGGAAUCUGGAGGCCAAUCAGGGGCCUGAAUGUUACAGCUGUAGGGGCGGGGCCUGCCCACGCACUUUACUUUGCCUGUUAUGAAAGAUUGAAAAAGGUCCUCAGUGAUAUCAUCCAUCCAGGAGCAAACAGUCAUUUGGCGAACGGGACAGCUGGAUGUGUUGCCACAUUGCUUCAUGAUGCUGCCAUGAAUCCAGCUGAAGUGGUGAAGCAGAGGAUGCAGAUGUAUAACUCGCCAUACCGUGGCGUCCUGGACUGUAUGCGCUGUGUGUGGCAGCGGGAGGGGAUGUUGGCCUUUUACCGCAGUUACACUACGCAGCUCACCAUGAAUGUGCCCUUCCAGGCUUUGCACUUCAUGACCUACGAAUACCUGCAAGAGCUGUUGAACCCCCAAAGACAAUGCCACCCCUCGUCCCACAUGGUGUCGGGCGCGCUGGCGGGAGCAAUCGCCGCCGCCGCCACAACGCCACUGGACGUUUGCAAGACGCUGCUGAACACGCAGGAGUCUCUGGCUCUCGAUUCCGUCAGCCAGAGCGGAAGACACAUCUCAGGCCUCGGCCAUGCCUUCCGGACUGUCUACAGGCUUGGCGGCCUGCCCGCUUACUUCAAAGGCGUUCAGGCCAGGGUCAUAUACCAGAUGCCCUCGACCGCCAUCAGCUGGUCCGUCUACGAGUUCUUCAAGUACAUUAUCACCAAACACCAGCACGAGAAGCGCAGGAUCCAGAGGGACGGAGAGAAGUAACUGGCAAGACCAACCUGAUAAGCACUCGAGCUGCAAAUGGACUGAUUUAAUAAACGAUACGCACAUAUAGAGUCGGGAAAACUCAUGUCUGUUUACUUCUUUUCAUUCAGCAUUUAAUACUUUCCUGUAUAAUUCAGCUAAUAAUCAUGACCUAAGUUUUCACUGUGACAGCUCAAAAAAAAAAAAAAACAUCUUUGUGAGUCCCACAAGAGGGCAUCAGAGGCCUCUUCAGACUUGAUAUGCUAAUGAGGGGGCGGUCCUUUAAAUGUGUGGGUGGGCAUCAGAGUCUCUAGACUUCUCCAAUUCCUUUUUUUUUUUUUUUCAUCUAAACAGUACCCAGAAGAGCAAACCUGAAACAAAAUUUUUAAUAUACCCAGCCGAAACCAAUGCGCACAAUUGAAGACGUAUCUGUACAUUCAAAUUGGGAUUUUAAAUGUCAUUUAAAUCAUUGUUUAUGGCAGAAUGUAGACCUGUACAGUAAUUUAUUGCCUUCUCUGGAUGAAUUAGCACUCGGAGAUAAUGAAAGAUAUCUAUGUUAGAGGUAUUUUUGUAAUAUUUGGCGGUGGCAUUUCGUCAGCACUUGUGGGAAAUGCUCCUGCAGUUGUUCCAAAGUUUUGAGGUUGGAGAUCACCGCCCCUCCACAACUUCUAGAAAUAGUUUUGAGGUCUCUAGGGGACGCCGCAUAGAUCUGUAUGAGAGCUUUAGAAAGACACCCAGUCCUUUCUGCCCAGCAUUAGUAUUAUCUAGUCAACAAUGCCUUACACUUGCAGAUCACAUGGCCUGAGUGUCAUUUAAAUCAGAUUCUAUUAAGAGGUCCUUCUGAGUCAUUAAAUUAAUAUGAAUUGGUUUGAGUUAUUUCUUUUGAUGGACACUAGAAUGUAUUUUGGUUUGCUCUUAACUGAAUUUGAGCUCUUGUUUUUGAAAGUUUCUGCUGAAACGCACCUGAACACGUAUGGAGUUUUAUUGACAGCAGUCUGACUGCCCCGGUCCAUUUUGUUCCUCAGCUUCCAAUAAAUUCGCAGUGCAGGAAAUUCCUUGGCAUGCAUAAAGCUGA